AUGACAUCUGAGGAAUCAAUGACAUCUGAGGAACCAACGACUCCCGAGGAACCAACGACUCCUGAGGAACCAACGACUCCUAAGGAACCAACGACUACUGAGGAACCAACGACUCCUGAAGAACCAACGAUUCCUGAGGAAUCAACGACUACUGAGGAAUCAACAACUUCUAAGGAACCGACGACUCCCGAGGAACCAGCAAUUACGGAGGAACCAACGACUCCUGAAGAGCCAACGAUUCCUGAGGAACCAACAAUUCCUGAGGAACCAACGACUACUGAGGAACCAACGAUUUCUAAGAAACCAACCAUUUCUGAGGAACCAACGACUCCUGAAGAACCAACGAUUCCUGAGGAACCAACGAUUCCUGACAACGUUCCCGGCAGCAAUCAAGUCCUCGGCAAGACCCGAGCUCUCGGUAGUAGACAAAUCAAAGGAUGCAAUGAAUUUACUAGCAGCAGCACAUUCGUUGGCAGCAUCCAAUUCCCCGACAGCAGUCAAUUCAACGGCAGCGGACAAGUCAACAGCCGCAGCCAUGUUAUCGAAAGCCCCCAAGUCAUUGCAAGCAACAAAGUCACCGACAGCAGCCAAGUCACCGACAGCAGCCAAGUCACCGACAGCAGCCAAGUCACCGAUUGCCGGCAGCAGCCAAAUUGCCGGCAGCAGCCAAAUUGCCGGCAGCAGCCAAAUUGCCGGCAGCAGCCAAAUUGCCGGCAGCAGCCAAAUUGCCGACAGCAGCCAAAUUGCCGGCAGCAGCCAAAUCGCCGGCAGCAGCCAAAUUACCGGCAGCAGCCAAAUUGCCGGCAGCAGCCAAAUCGCCGGCAGCAGCCAAGUCGCCGCCAAUUUACUAGCAGCAGCCCAGUCACUGACAGCAGACAAUUCACCGACAGCCGAAAGUUCGCCGGCGGCGGCAAAAUUGCCGGCAGCGGCAGAGUCGCCGGCAGCGGCAAAGUCGCCGGCGGCGGCAAAAUCGCCGGCAGCGGCAAAAUCGCCGGCAGCGGCAAAAUCACCGGCUGCGACAAAGUCUCCCGUAGAUGCAAAUUUACCGACGGGAGCCGAGGUGUCGGCAGUAGAAAGAUCACCAGCAGCAGCCAAAAUACUGAUAGGAGCAGAUUCUUCGGUAGCAGUUACGACACCGGCAAGGGCCAAAUCACCGGCAGGGGCCAAGUCACCGGCAUGGGCCAAAUCACCGGCAGGAGCCAAGUCACCGGCAUGGGCCAAAUCACCGGCAGGGGCCAAGUCACCGGCAUGGGCCAAACUACCGGCAAGGGCCAAGUCACCGGUGGCCAAGACACCAAGGCAGUCAAGUCAUCGGUAGCAGCCAGUAGGCUGGCAGCAGUAAAUUCGCCAGAAGCAGACAAGUCAACGGCAGCAGACAAAUCACCGGCAGCAGACAAGUCACCGGCAGCAGACAAGUCACCGGCAGCAGACAAGUCACCAGCAGCAGACAAGUCGCCAGCAGCAGACAAGUCGCCAGCAGUAGACAAGUCGCCAGCAGCAGACAAGUCACCAGCAGCAGACAAGGCGCCAGCAGCAGACAAGUCGCCAGCAGCAGAUAAGUCGCCGGCAGCAGACAAGUCACCAGCAGCAGACAAGUCGCCGGCAGCAGACAAGUCACCAGCAGCAGACAAGUCACCAGCAGCAGACAAGUCACCAGCAGCAGACAAGGCGCCAGCAGCAGACAAGUCGCCAGCAGCAGACAAGUCGCCGGCAGCAGACAAGUCGCCGGCAGCAGACAAGUCACCAGCAGCGGACAAGUCGCCGGCAGCAGACAAGUCACCAGCUGCACAAUCAUCAGAAAUUACCAAGUCACAAGAAGCUGCCAAUUCGGCAGAAUCUGCCAAGUCACCAGGAACCGCCAAGUCACCACGAGCCUCAAAGUCACCACGAGCCUCAAAAUCACCACGAGCCUCAAAGUCACCACGAGCCUCAAAAUCACCACGAGCCUCAAAGUCACCACGACACGUCAAGUCACUAGAAGCUACCACGAAAUCAGAAGCAGCCGAGUCACCAGAAGCCGCCAAGUCAAUCACCGCCUGA